AUGUUCUAUGAAACAUCAAUGAGUGAGGAUGCACUAUUCAAAACUUUGGAUUUAUCACCGCGUCGGGAGAGGCCAAGAAACUUUAAUCGAAUUCGCACCAUUUUAGAAAAAUCUAAGACCAAUCGCUACACCAAAAUAUUACAAGUUCUACGAAGCCUUUUAACGCAAGCAAUAAAGUUCGUGAAAUUCUUCUUGCGUGGAGAAAUGAGACUUCAUGGGAAAAAUUACGCCCCUCUCGCUAUAUUUUUUCGUCUUGUACAAUGUUAA